CAAACCUUAGGGCAAGAUUUGCCCAGAAGAAGGGGAUUGGCAUUGCCUUCCUCUGAGGCUGAGAGAGUGUAACUUGCCAAAGGUCACCCAUUGGGUUUCUAUGGCCGAGCGAGGUUUCGAACCCUGAUCCCCUACAGUAGCAGUCUAACACUCAAAAACCCUGUUAUAAGAUUGCCUUAGGAUCUCCAUAAGUUGGAAAUGACUUGUAUAUUGCAAUAUAGUUAUCAACACUGUUAAUUAAAGAAGAGAAAUUUUAUGUCUCUUGGGAGCAUUGGGAGCAUAGUUACUUUGGACAAAGCCAAGCUACUUUAAUGUCAGUUUGGCUUUUCUGUUGGGAUGGUACUUUCCCAAAGAAAUUGUCAAAGAGAGUAAGCAGAUUAAACAACAAUUGACCACGUUUUGUCCAGCUUUCGGAGAGGGAACUCUUGAUAUGUUUCUCAUUGUUUUUCCUUUACCAACAAAUGCAGAGGAUGGAUACACACAUAAUGUGCAGGCGCAUACAAUACGCUGUAUACUUUCCCGAAAGCAGGGAGCUAUUUUAAUGCUUUACGCUUUACGACUCAUGCCCGCGGCGUGUUAAUUAAUAGCCGCGCGAGGCGAGGGCAAAGGACGGUACGGACCGUACUUUGGCAUGAAAUGUCACUUCUCUAUCAUCCACCGCUGUUAACUUUUCUACUAGCUUUGGAGGGGAAAAGAUACGACGCCAUCGGGUCGCCCUUGGAAAGCCGCCUUACAGAAUGGCCUCCUCUCAGGUUCUCCAACACGCUCCCAUACGGCGGGUGGCCAUCUUCGGAGGGACCCACGGCAAUGAGAUGUCGGGUGUGUUUCUGGUCAAACACUGGCAGCGGCAGGACAGCACUGAGAUCCAAAGGCCAGGGCUAGAGGUGAGGCCCUUCCUGGCUAAUCCGAAAGCUGCGGAGAAGUGUCGCCGAUACAUCGAUUGCGACCUGAAUCGGACUUUUGAUCCUGAAAAGCUUGGGAAGCAGCUUGAGGACAACGCUCCCUACGAAGUCAAAAGGGCUCAAGAAAUAAACCAGAUCUUUGGCCCCAAAGGCAGCCCCGACGCCUACGACCUCAUCUUCGACCUGCACAAUACGACGGCCAACAUGGGAGGCACCCUCAUCCUCGAAAGCUCCGGAGAUGAGUUGACCAUUCAGAUGUGUCGCUACAUUAAGGAUGCUUUGGCACCAGAUGGCUGUCCCGUUUUCCUUAUUGAGCAUCCCAACCUGAAAUAUGCAACGACGCGGUCUAUAGCCAAGCAUCCUGUGGGCAUCGAAAUUGGUCCUCAGCCCCAAGGAGUCCUCAGAGCCGACAUUUUGGAGAAGAUGAGGAGGAUCAUCAAACACGGGCUUGACUUUAUUGAGCUUUUCAAUUCAGGGAAAGAGUUCCCGCCUUGCACCGUCGAGGUUUACAGAAUAAUGGAGAAAGUCGACUACCCUAGAAACAAGAAUAAUGAGAUCACAGCCAUCAUCCACCCCAAUCUUCAGGAUCAAGACUGGCAGCCUCUCAAACCCGGGGAUCCUAUGUUUUUAACGCUCAGUGGAAAGACCAUCCCGUACGAAGGAGACGUCACAGUGUACCCGGCGUUUGUGAACGAGGCGGCCUACUACGAAAAGCAACAAGCGUUUGUUAAGACGGUAAAAGUAAAAUUGGGUGCGCGAGGUCUCAGAGCCUCUUAGAACUAGAAUGACUUUUUAAUUACUUAAGUUUCAGUCGGAGGGCCAAAUCCACGACAGAUGUAUCAGGCUAACCCAAGAUGGCCAGACCGUGAAAGCCAUUCAUUCAGACUUGGACUUGAAUAUUAAAUAGUCCUUGCAAUUAAAAAUGGUAUUCUGGGCACUUUAGAAGAGAUAUGCACCGUCAUAAAAGCUUUAUUAGGAUGAAUGUAAUUUAGUGUUGUUUAUACAACGAGCUUUUUAUUAAUCGUAUUUUUAAUAUGAUUAUAUUUUUAAUAAUAGUAAUAUGUUUUGUAUUUAACGUGUUCUGGACCAAGGAACUGAAAAGGAUGAUACUGAGGAGAGAGAAAGAGACAAUAUAAUUAAACCUUGUAAAGAUUUUACCUUAAUACCAGCAAGAACAGCUUUCACUCCAUAAGGAGCCCUCCAGAGAAUGCUGGACAACAAAACCCAUCAGUCCCAACCAAAGAGUCUUUAGUUAGAAGGGGGGAAAAGGAACGUUGAUGGGUGCUAUUUUUCAUUCUACUGUGAAAUUCCUGGUAACAGAGACUGUGAGAUAACUCAUGUUUGUAUAAAACUACUGAUUUUAUUCAUCUCACUUUGCAAUAAAUAAUUCUUUAACACAAUUAAAAAAAAAGCACAUUUGUCGUGACAUUCAAAAUAACAACAACAUAACGUCAUAUUUUCUCCAAAGUGGCCUUUCGGCUCUAAAGUGCUGGUCAGAAAGCGGAAGGAACAGCUACAGAGGCGUACCCUUUUUACAGCCCUCUUCGAAAACCCGCAGGUACAGCAGCGUCUAGGUUUGUGUCUAAGAAAAGCAAAUUGUCAAUGCACUUUCUGGUGCCAGGCAAACCAAAACCUGAAAUAUUCCUUGGAGUUUCAGUGAACAAUAAGGCACAUUCUGCAGGAUGCUCUGUGUAAAUAUUGAGCGUGGAAAAGUUCUUUUGGACCGGCACACGUUCAAGAAAAGGUUGAGGUAGCCAUGUUUUCUGUAUCCCGUUUCCUCCACAGUUCUAGAGCGGAUGCGGUGCGGAGGUAAUAAUGCCAAUUUGAGACCUUAGAGAUCCAAGGUUCCUGGUCCUCAUCGAGCCAUGAAUCUUGCCUUAGGCUAGUAACUUUCUCAGCUUGAGCUACUUCACAGGGUUGUUAUGAGGUUAA